AUGUCUUCGUACAGCACUAACCUGGAGAUGGAUAGGUUGUCCAUCACCUCAGCGCCUAGUAUCAAUUGGAGCACAUGGGUCGAGCCUCUUGAUGAGUUCCCCCAUGAACCAAAUGCCCAACGCCGGUCCAGAUGUGAAGGAGAUUCCAAUGCCUAUGACGCAUUUUGGAAGGCACGACACCCUUGGGAUCUGGUUGAUUACUAUCUGUACCUCAUCGCGAUCGAAAAGAAAACCCAGAAUUGGGGGGUUCGACUAUCUGAGAGCUGGUUGAUUGAAAGCGACGGGUCCAGAUGGGAGAACUUUGGAUAUGCGAUUGACUCGGACGAUCGUGAUUGUCAGACAGGAUGGAAAGAUCCUCUGGUGAUUUUUUCUUCUCUGGCCGUACCACAUGCAACUGAGUGUCCAGACCGCAGAAUUGUCUUGGGCGUGAACCUCCGCACGCAUUGCCUCGUCGGAUAUCUAUUUGAGGCCGCACCUGAGAGUAUCGCCGAGCUGGGCUCGGUAUGGGAUCGAAGGGAACUCAUUAUCAAUCUUCCACUCAAGCGAUUCAUUCACAUUCUAAAAUAUAGCAUUAACGAGGACCCGGCUAUUUUGAAGAAAGGUAUUUUCAACUACUUCCGCCAGAGCACCCGACGCCUGCAUGUUGGCAUGGACGCGGUGGUCACCAUCAAAUACAUUCAGUUUCUUCGCGAUGCUCUUUCCGGUGCAAAGCUGAGUGCGUCGUGCAAUGCUAGGGAAGAACAACCUAACUUUUUCGGCAUGGAGGAAUAUCUUCGUGACUUUCUAUGUCGAGGAUCAGCCAAUGCCUGGAUGAGCUCACACGGGGGCAUGACAACGGAGGAUAUUCGUAAGCGUAUGCUCAUCAACAGUCACUCGUCUGAUAUCUUUGGCGAUCAACUCUAUUCAUUUGAUAUCAUUAACGAUGAGAAGAUAGCAAUUCGCGACUCGUGGGCUUUGAUCGAGACAGAUAUGUCUCCACUGAUGUGGCGCGAGGUGGACCUGCUCCCAGGAUUGAUGUCGUUGGGGAGUAUGAGACAAUCAGCGUCCGACAUGGUGAUUUUGUUGGGAAUUUUCAUUAGCGAGUGCACGAACCUGGUUAAGGACGAGGAAGAUUUUGAGAUCGCGCCGUGGGUUGAGAAGAUCAUCCAGGGUCGAUGCGUUGAUCGGCGGCAAGGUUCGCUACCUGACGCAUGGGAAUAG